AUGGAGAUACCCUCUCCUGCCCCAAGUGACACUUCGCAAUCGACUCGACAAGGCGAGCAAGACACAUCGAUAGCGCCUCGCCGGACCGUCCGCGCUGGACGAUCACCAGUUCGACCUUUGCUACGAACUGCCUUUCGCAACUUUUCGGGUGUGGCGACCGUCGUUGUGGGAGACUCUGGUCACAAGAGCCGACCACAGACACAGUACCUCGUGCACAAAGAAUUGCUCACUUCGGCGAGUCCGUUCUUCGCCGCAGCCCUCAAUGGCACUUUUGCAGAAGGCAUGGAGCAAGUCGUUCGCCUGCCGGAAGAGAAGCCCGAAUCUUUUGAGUGGUUCCUUCAAUGGCUCUACACGGGAACACUCACCACCCAGCCCGUAUCAUCCCCGGACUCCUCCUCGUCCUCCUCUAUCUCCGCUCGCGGCACCACGUAUGGCCGAGGCAACGACCAACAAGCACACAUCCGUCUCGCGAAUGGCAACGUCCUCCCGCACCACCCCGCUCUCUACGACAUCCACCUCGACGGCGACCUUCGCAACAACGCCGGCAGUCCCAAAUACUUCCUCCUCCUCGACCUCUACUCCCUCAGUGACCGACUCCUCACCACCCCUCUCAGCAACCACAUCCUCACCACCAUCGCCCGUCUCUCCGAAGCCACCAACUCGGUCCCCACCCCCAGCGACACAUGGAUUCUCUACGACACCAUCCGCGACACCUCCCCACUCCGCUCCCUCAUCCUCGACCUCUUCGCCUACAAAAAAACCGACAAAUUACUCGAAACCCACAAAGAUGACUGGCACCCCCGCUUCCUACGCGAACUCGUCGUCAAACUCAAACGUCCCGGUCCCGAAGCCAUUGAACGCCAUUCCCUCGUCGCAUGGCGCCCUCGCAGUUGGAGCACGAGCAAAGCGUGUGAAGGCUGCAAAGAAGUUUUGAAACCAGGCUUAUCCGUCGACAAGUGUUGUGCGUGUGAGAAGGUGUUUUGCGGCGAUUGUUUACGACGCUGUGGGGAUGGUGUCGUGGCUGUGGGUCAUGAUGGGAGUGGAUGUAAACCCUGGAUGGGAAGGGGUAUGUGUGGGAGAUAUCAUGAGCAUGAGGGAGGUGAGGCUUGUGGGUAA